GAUUGCGAUUUUGAGUGUAUGGCCAACCGACGUGCUGAAGAAUUCCAUCAAUAUCUUCUUCGUUUGUGGGAAAUGAUAAAAUCAAAAGUUAGUGAAAUAAGCAAAAAACACGGAUUUGACAAAUUUAUUGAUGACAUUCAAAAAUUCUUUAGUGAAGACGUUUCUGAUUUUUUCAAAGGAAUUGGGAAGAAAUUUCAGGACAUUAAAUUUUAA